UUUUGUUUACGUUCAGCAGCGUGUUUGGUAGCGUGCGAACGGUGCAGUCACAGAACACCUACAUACUACCAUUGCGGACUUGUGAUCACGACGUUGUGUAUUUGCUUAUGUGGCGUCGUCGUGUGUCACAGAAACGAAGCGUGGAAGCGUACAUGGCCGAAUAAUGUUUCGAAAGCCCGUGUUUCAGAAACCAGGGGGUGAAAAAGAAUUCCUGAACGAAGAAUGGAUCAUCGAAGACAGAAGCAGUACCGCAGAAUACACCAACUAUGUGUAUAAUCCAAACGUGUCCCUCUCUAUCACCCAGCAGAGGGAAAGACUUCCAGUGUUUAAGAAUCGCAUGGAUAUCCUGUACCUUCUGGAGAAGCACAGAGUGUUGAUCGUUACUGGUGAAACUGGCAGCGGGAAAAGUACGCAAAUUCCACAGUACCUCAUGGAGGCAGGAUGGGCCCAGAAGGGCCAGAUGAUUGGAGUCACACAGCCCAGAAGAAUGGCAGCAAUAACGUUGGCAAGGAGAGUAUCCGAAGAAAAAGGUUGUUUGGUGGGGCAAGAGGUCGGCUACUGUGUGCGGUUUGAUGAAUGUUUUGACAGGGAAGGGACAAAGAUCAAAGAAUUUUCUUUAUUUCAGUUUAUGACAGAAGGAAUUCUCGUCAACGAAAUCAUGGCUAACCCACUGUUGCCCGUAUAUUCUGUUCUCAUGCUCGACGAAGCCCACGAAAGGACCCUCUUGACUGACACAUCGUUGGGGCUUAUGAAAAAGAUACUGCUUAAGAGACCGGACCUUCGUCUCAUCAUAUCAUCUGCAACACUAGAGGCAGAAGUUCUCAAACAAUUCUUCCACAGUGACAUUGAAAGCAAGAAUAUUUCUGCAGAAAUCCUGAGCAUCCAAGGAAGAGCAUAUCCUAUUGAAGUCUACUAUUUAUCUCAUCCAGUUCCAAACUAUGUGAAAGCAGCUGUUGAAACUGUUGUGAAAAUUCACGAGACCCAACGAAUGGGCCAUGUGCUGGUGUUCCUAACCGGUCAGGAUGAAGUUGAAGAGGCCGUUAAUCUUCUGAAAGAAUACUCAAAAAAUACAAAAAACACCCCUGGAAUACCAAGCAUGUACGUUUUGCCACUAUAUGGGUCACUACCUCAGUCAGAACAGAUGAAAGCGUUUCAACCUUUCAGUCCAAAAGUCCGAAAAGUUGUUGUGGCAACAAACAUUGCUGAAGCAUCUGUUACCAUCAAUGGUAUUGUUUAUGUGGUAGACUGUGGCUUUGUGAAGCUCAACUUCUUCAACCCAAAGACAAGCACAGAUGCUCUGGUUGUUGUGCCUGAAUCUCAAUCCUCAGCCACUCAAAGGGCUGGUAGAGCAGGCAGAGUGUCCUCAGGGAAGGUCUACAGACUAUUCCGAGAGGACGACUUUAAACAGCUUCCGGUCUUCACAACCCCAGAGAUACAGCGCAGCAAUUUGUCAACAUUCAUACUUCAGUUGAAGUCAAUGGGAGUAGACAACAUUGCACAUUUCAGUUUUCCAUCGCCACCCCCUUCCAAAAUUGUUAUUAAUGCACUGGAAUUGAACUAUGCCUUGGGCGCACUUGACAAUAACGGCAGCCUCACCGAAUUGGGAAUGAAGAUGGUCAUGUUUCCAGUACCAGCCAUGCAAGCAAAAAUGUUGCUGGUGUCUGGUGAAUAUGGUUGCUCAGAGGAGGCACUAACAAUAGUUUCAAUGCUGCAAAUAGAAUCCAUUUUUUUGUUUCCAUCACACAGAAAAGUAGAAGCGAGGAAAGCAAAGUACAAAUUUUCAGUGCUUGAGGGAGACCUGCUGACUCUGCUGAAUGUUUAUAAUGCAUUCCUCAAAAAAAAUAAAGACAAACAGUGGUGCAGCCAAAUGUUCCUGAACUAUAAUGGUCUUACAAGAGCUACUGAAAUCAGGAAUCAGUUGCGGAAGUUGCUGCAGAAACAUAAAGUGCCCCUCGUCUCUUGUGAAGGAGAUACCGACUUGGUGUGCAGGUGUAUUGUAGCAGGGCAUUUUGCCAAUGCUGCGUACUUACAUUAUUCUGGAGAAUAUCGCACUGUAUGUGGAGAUCAUCCAUUGGCCAUACACCCCACAUCUGUACUGUACACACAGAAACAGCCAAAAUGGGUUGUGUUUGGAGAGCUCACCCACACCAGCAGGGAGUUCAUGAGGAACGUCACUGUUGUUGAGUCAUCGUGGCUGUAUGAGCUCGCACCAGGGUUCUAUCAGUACGGCACAGACACAGAUGCUAGAAGAGGAAGCAUAUUAUGAAGUACACAAACUUUCACUGUAUUUGUUCAGGUCCAAGAGGUGUGCUAAUACCAAAACAUAAAACACUAUCAUGCAUAAUGCAUUAUCGAUGUGUUUAUACAGGAACAUCUUGCCAAACACCGAAGCCAAUAGGAUCACCAGAUUUUGAAAUUACAAGAGGAAGUUUGGCCGAAUCUGAAUGCUAUCCACUGAAAUAAAGUUUUAGACGCUGCUGAAAA